AUGUCAAACCCUCUUCCUCCCAUCGUCAUUGUUCGUCUUCCCUAUGAUCGCCCUCAUGAUGGAGGGCUGCGCGAUCCCAUUCCAGUUCGUGGUCAAGUACAGUCCAUUUCCACUCAUGCUUAUUUAUGGAUUUUAGGGCAAUACCUCGCUGCACACCUUGUCGUUCCACUGCCUUAUCUGUUAUACAAAACGCAGGCUCGUUAUGAAGAAGACCUCCGAAAAAUAUAUGAAGUGAAGCCUGUUAUCCCAACUGCUACUAUUCCCCGAGUCUUGAAUGAAGAUGGCAAGCGGAUACCAACCCCCAGCAGAAGAACAUCCUCCCGUGCCGAGACGAUCGUGACAGUGCCGCGCUCACCAGGGAAUCUUGACAAACUCGUUCUCCCGACCCUUUCUACGUCUCGCAUACAAUCCGCGGGCACAGCAGUCCGCUCCCCUACCACACUCCUCAAAAAUGCCAUGACUGGUUCGGCUAUUGCAUCGAAACCUUUAUCUUCUUCCUCCUCUUCCUCUGAUCCUGAGUCGGAAAUAACCGGAGACGAAGGGGAUCGGCAGAAGGAAGAAAGAGAAGAUGUCAACCGACGGUUGAAGGAAUUAGAGAAGUUGGUCAAUACUGACGGGUUUGGCUUCGCUGCUGGUUCGUCUGGUGCUUACCGCGGAAAGUUGAUUAGAAAAGGGAAAGAGAGACAAAAGGAGACACCUUCUAUGUCCGAUGUGCCGGAAACAGGCGAGAGUGGAAGGGAAGAGGAACCUGAGUCUCCUCCUACCCCUGAUUACACUUCCGCUGGUACUCAGAGCGGGGGAAAGGUGGCAACAUUUAUGGUGGCUCCAAGGACGUCACGAUUUUCCAGGGAUGCCAUUCCCAGCAUUCCAUCCGGUAGUCCAGGACGUGUUGCGAAUGUGCGAUGUCCUCCUGGUCAAAAUAAUAUAAGGACAACGUCCAUACCAUCACGAAAUCGGAGCCUUAGUAGCCAUGGAUCCCAAGCGUCUAGCUUCAGUGAUUUAAGCGAUGCAAGUAUUAGCGCUUCUGCUCUUGAAGACACUGUGCUAUCAGGGGGUGGCGGCGCUUCCAGAUUCUAAAUCCAUGUUUUCACGCAAACAGGAUAAUCUGUUCUGCCACCGUUCCAGUUAUUUAUUUUUCCUGUGCGAUCUCGAUGGACAGUCAUCUAAAAGUUGAAACCUUCGCAAUAUGGCAUUUGAACCGUGUCCAUGUAACAUAUACUCCCAGAUCCAAAUAAUUAAAUUUCACUGCGAAAACCAACUUUUCAAAAACUACUGAUUUAAAAUGAUCUAGC